CCCCGGCUUGGGCAGAGCAGCCGCAACGGCGCAUACUCGAUUUCCAGUGCUUCGGAGCCCCGGCGGUGUUUCCGAGAAUGCGCGCGCCAUGCUCCUCGCGAGGAGACGGCCUGGAGUGUGUAGCGUCGCCACUGCAGUUUCCGCGGUGCGUGCAUGAUUGGCACCCCGUGAAGACACCGGCCGAGGAACAGAGUAUCGCACCGUAGCUGGCGCAGGCUGCGGCGCUUAUCCUGGGACCCUCGACAACAAGGCAUCACGUACGUCAGAACACAUCAAAUUGACAUCUGCGCCUGCGCUGACCACCACCAGCCGGGGCCGGAGCCUAUAAAUUCUUUAAGCACCAUACUAUCGCUGUUUGAACAGCGAGCGAUCCAGGCAACCACGCCUCGACGAAAAGCUCCACCACUUUCGCAAAUACUUGCAGGAACUAGUGUCAGUGAUGACGGUUAGAAGACGCACUUCUAGGACGCUGUGCGCAAGGACUUGCGCCGUGCUCCAUCUGGGCUGCUGAGAGAGAAUUCGAGCAGCUGACCGAAGAAUCCCGAAGGGUAGCGAAUCGCCGCCCGCACGGUACUGGCGAACACACCACCCUGGCCGGCGUCUACGCCGGCGGGCUCCGACUGCAGAGGGGCGGCGCUAGAGUCGUGGUGUGCUGCACUCUCUUCCCAAGGUGGUUGGUCCACGGACGUGUCCUCUCUUCAUUCAUCAUCUGCGUGUCCUCUUUACAAGCCAGCUGAUUCUCCCAUCUGUUCCGUGGUGUCGGCGUCACUGGCGGUCACCCAGGGAACUUGUGCCGAACCCGGCGAAGACAACCAUCCGGGUCUUGGCGAAAUUGCAUACCCGUCGGCGCAUGGUUUCCAGCGGGUGUCGUCGUGUCGCCUGCUGCCGUCUCCGACUCGAGAACCGAUCGUCGCGGCCUUGAAGUGCGAUGACGGCGAAGAAUUCCAAAGCUGCUGCUCAGAGGGCCAAGACAGCUCGGCAACCUUCCUCCAGUCCACUAUGUCCGCGGCGACCGCACCCCGUUUCGGUGAUACUGACUGUCUGGACCCCUUCAACGGUCGCCAUAUUGACGGCGGGCUUGAGCCCAUCGGCGAAGCGCCUCCUGCUGCCACAAAAGCGUCCAAUCGGGCGAUGGUGCCGUCCGGAAAGCCGUCGAAGGUUGUCGCCACUCAAGAGUGCCAUCAACCUAAUUCCGUAGCAUACCUGCAUACGUCAGAAUCAUUGCAUCAGAUUAAAAAAGGCCAACGUUUUCUUUCUAAAGAAGAUGCUCAACAUACUAAAGCUCUGCUGGAAAGUGCGGAGCAUGAGGUUGAUCUCGGUACAGACGAGGACUUCACGAGGUUGGCCUGCAAUGGUGCCGAGCCGCUGCCGGCCAAGAUCGUGCGCGGCCCCCAGAGCGUCGUCGCAGUCGUCGGCGGCCACGUUCACCUCGCCGUCGUCUUCGUCGGAACGCCGGCCCCGCGGGUUACCUGGACCAAAGGCGGCAAGCGCCUGCUGCAAGCCGGCGAUCGCGUGAGCAUCUCCGGCGAGCGACCUUUCCGCUGUGAGCUGCACAUCCAGGACGCCUGCUGCGACGACAGCGGAAAGUACCAAGUGGUCGUGGAGAACGCUCUUGGAAGCGACUCGGGCUUCGCCUCCGUCAAGGUGGAAGGUCCCCCGGACCCACCGGCUGAGGCCCCGCGAGCGGUGGCUCUUCCGGGCGGCGCGAUCGAGGUGACUUGGUCGUGCUCGCCGUUCGACGGCGGCUGUCGCAUCCAGCGCUACCUGGUGGACGCGUCUCCGGAGGCGGCGGAGCCCCGCGCCUGGAGCCGCGUAGCCGCGGUGCUUAGCACCUGCUGCCGGCUCGACGACCUGCCGCCGGCCACCGCGUACGUGUUUGUCGUGCGCGCGCAGAACGCGCGUGGUCUGAGCAUGGCGAGCGCCGAGUCGCCGCCCGUUGUGCCUAUGCCGCCCGACGGACUGCCCGGAGCAGAAGGCGAUGAGGAGCUGGACGAAGAGACAUCGGAACCGGGUCCUCCUGUUACGAUGCGGCCUGGACAUGAGUUCAACCAACACUACCACGUGCACGAAGCUGUGGGCAGGGGUCGCUUCGGCGUCGUACACCGGUGCACGCGACUCGCGGACGGCACCGACGCGGCGGCCAAGAUGGUUCGCUGCACGCGCGCCGCCGAGCGGGACAGGAUGCGUCACGAGCUGGCCAUCUUGAACCUGCUCCGGGGACAUCCGCGACUCCUGAUGCUGCUGGCCGCCUACGAGAAGCCGCGGGAGGUCGUCCUUGUCACCGAAUACGUGUCCGGUGGAGAGCUUUUCGAGCGGGUUAUAGCCGACGACUUCGUGCUCACGGAAUGGGACUGCGUCUUGUUCCUGCGGCACAUCUGCGCGGGCAUGUCCUACAUGCACAGCAGACACGUCAUCCAUCUCGACCUCAAGCCUGAGAACAUCCUCUGCCAGAGCCAAGUUGGACACAAGAUCAAGCUGAUCGACUUCGGCCUGGCCCAGCUGUACGAGCCGAACUCUGGCCUUCGCGUGAUGUUUGGAACGCCAGAGUUUGUGGCCCCCGAGGUCGUCAGCUACGAGCCGGUCAGCCCUGCCACAGACAUGUGGAGCAUCGGCGUCAUCUGCUACGUCCUACUAUCCGGGUUGUCGCCGUUCAUGGGCGACUCGGACACGGACACCUUCAACAACAUCGUCAGGGUGGACUUCGACUUCGAUGACCCAGUCUUCGAGACCAUCUCUUCUGUAGCCAAGGACUUCAUGUGCCAACUCAUCGUGAAGAACCCCAGGAAACGGAUGUCUGCGGAACAGUGCUUGGAACACGAGUGGCUGUGUGUGGUGCCCAGGCGCGGCGCCAGCUCAUUACCGCUGCCCACGGACAAGCUCAAGAAGUUCGUCGUCCGCAGGAAGUGGCUGAAGAGCGGCAACGCACUGAAGGCGCUUAGCCGCAUGACACACAUGAGCGGCCAACGGCCAGCAACCCAAGGCGACGAAGCAUCUGUCCUGCUCGCCUGCGAGGAAGACGUUUCGAUCUCACCGCCGCCUUCGGACACGGCAACCGCCACCGCAGAAGACUCGCCUUCCACCGAUAACUGAGCGGCCGCCGACCCCUCCUACGCCCCACAGGGCCCCUGAGAGAACACAGGCGCCCUUCUCAAUCUUCUCAAACACCCAACUGUGCCCCAACAGUGUUUGUCCUCCUCUUGCCACUUCUUCUUUAACUGUGAAUCACUCGAUGUGUAACACUGUCCUUAAGUACUACAUGUGUCAUGUUGCAUGCGUCAUAACUCUUGCUGUUUGCUCACCUUUGCCUACUUACCACUUACCACGUGCGAAUAACUUUGUUUCCUGUGAUUGUGCUCGGGCCGCGAAAUUGAACAGUUCCUCAGAGCUUGACCAAAUUUUAUUCGUGUGCAGAAAGCCAAUGAGAUUCUACAGGAAGUACAAUGUUUUAUUUUUGUCCAAAUGUUUCAUUUUUAUCAUGUUUUAUGGCUUCUAUGACUGUUUUUUAUUUUGUAAUUUAUGGCUGUAAGCUUUAUUGAAGAUGAAAUAAAUGCUGAAGACACGUGUUUGUAUUGAAA